UAUUUUGAAAUUCCCCGCCGGAUGUGCCUCUUCGUUUGGCGUUAGUUUCACGGACCGUGGGAUAAACGGCUGCUACUCCGUGUGUUCCUGUCGACGACUUUCUGUCAGCGAAGCUGUAGUCUGGACGGUUUGUGCUCAGUGUGCCGCUCUGCUGUUCGCUGCGCUCCAACUGAAACUUUAAAUCUUCGAAAGAGAAGUUUAAUCCGCGAGAGAGCGACGCCAUGGACCCCGCCAGCCAAGAUAUCAACCUGAACUCUCCUAACAAAGGUCUCGGCGUGGAUCGCACAGACAGCCUGUCUGACGUGCCCGUGGAGGGCGCCAUGGGGAACCCGGCCAACCCUCCUCCACCUGGCCUGACAGAGGAGGAGGUGGAGGAGCUCCGCACCGAGCUCACUAAGGUGGAGGAGGAGAUCAACACCCUGCGGCAGGUUUUGUGCGCAAAAGAGAGACACGCCGCAGAGCUGAAGAGGAAACUCGGCCUCAACCCGCUCAACGAACUCAGGCAGAACCUCACGAGGAGCUGGCAGGACGUGCAGACCUCCAACGCCUACGUGAGAACGGCUGAGACGCUGGGCGAGUGGAACGAGCGGGUGACCCGUUCAGAUCUAUAUCUGUCUGCCUCGGCCACUUUGGAUGACAUUACCCACUCUGAAGCGUACAAGAAGACUCAGGAGACGCUUUCCCAGGCUGGACAGAAGACGACUGCGGCUCUGAGUACAGUGAGCACGGCCAUCAGCAAGAAGAUCGGUGACAUGAGAGCUCUGCCGUUCUCUAACUCCUUUAGUAGCAACUAUUCCAUUCGCCACUCGAUAAGUAUGCCUGCCAUGAGAAACUCUCCAACCUUCAAGUCCUUUGAGGAUAAGAUGGGGAACCUGAAGUAUAAGGUCGUCGGUCAGAGAGGAAACGGAGACGCCGUCAGCUCACCCACCGACACCACCCCCACUCAGGAGAACCCGUCUUUCUGAACACUCGCUCCCUCCUCCACCACCUCCUCGCCACCACCUUCUUCACGACCUUAGACUGUACUGUUACCACAUUGUCGCAGAGCCACACCUCCACCUCCACCUCAGCAGCUCGCUCUGUAGCUGGUGUCAGGCACACAGUGCACAGCCCCGCCCCCGAGCCCCGCCCCUCUGUUUCAAACCCGUCAAUGUUUCAGAAACCACCCGGCAAACGCAAGGCGCUAAAAGAUGUCACCUUCUGAAACUUGACGGCUUUUAUUUUGGAGGGAAACCCCACCCCCACCCCCACAGUGUUCAUACUCAUCCAAAAACCAAACAAACAAACCUCCUGCGGGUGUAGCUUUGGAGGCGGGACUUCUGCAGGUGGAGGAGGAUAAUAUGGGCCUCUGUGGGUGAGCGUGCUCUCUUCUUUCUCAGCAUUCACACUGUGAGCUCAGGCUGCACAGCGCCCCCGCCGCUCUCUCUGUGUAAACGCCGGCAGGUGUACAGGUUAACGCCUGAAUGAGGAUGGGCGAGGUCAGGACCCGGGAACCCCCGCUCUCCUCGACCUUCUCCACGUACGCGCACAUCCCACCUGAAACCCCCGCCGUGUAAAAAAGCCCUUCAGCCAUUUUUGUAUCCUCUGAACUCUUUUACAGCUUUGCAGACGUUUUUACGUAACUUUUAUCGGCGCGUACCAACACAGGUAACCAAACCGUCUCCGUUUCACAGGCGUGUCGCUGAAAACAAAGCUUCCUGUUUGUGAAACUGGCAUCGACGUCGGAGCGCGGCCGACUCUCGCUGACGCUUCGCCGCAAACGCUACCUGCUGAAUGUCACCGCUUCUCUGUCGGCCUUACUCGCGUUAAAAGCUUCGCCCGCUCUCUGAUCCAGCCGUGGGACAUGCCCACCCCUCGCCUUUGGUUUUCCUUCUUCUUCUUUGGGUUUGGUGAAGGACGGGACAUCCGGGUGUUUGUGGUGUACUCCCACGGGCUUCCUGUACAGAAACGACCACGCCUGCAGAUGAACUGCGCUCACGCCAAACAACAGAACAACUGACUUUUUCUGAUUUUUUUUCAUUAUUUGUAAAACGCCAUGACUUUAAAGCACCGUGCCAAUCUUUGUUUGUGCGCUUUGCCAACAUCACUCCUGCCCGCUACAGGAAGUGCUGACGAGCUCGUUAAUAAGACAUCCUGCUUCUGUGGCAUCCGACUGCUCUGUGACAGGAAGUGGUCAUAAUUUGCAUUUUAAAUCCUCACUAAGGAUUUAAAAUGCUGUCACGUGUGAGUACACCUGAGAGGGAGACCUGUAAUCGGUCUUGUGGCUAACGGCCGCAGGUCUCCGCUGUGGGUGUUUCUGAACGAGCUGCCCGAGGCUGUCCUGCCUUCUGUGUGCGUCCUUAUUCUUUGUGUCGAUCAUUUUGGUAGACGAUGAAGAUGAUUUGUUUGCUGCUUCCUGAUUUUCUUUCCUUUGCUUUUCUGAGGUGGUUUCUUGUUUGUAAAAUGCCGUCAGUUGCCAAUCCUGAAAUAUCUGUUACAGACUCUUUCUUUGUGUCUCUGGAUCUCCUUGAGUGUCUCUGCGCUUUGCCGAGAUUAAACAAACUCCUGCACACUACAAGAAAUACUCCUGAAGUCAUUUAUUUAAUAAAAGAAAUCACAUUUUUCUUAUGCACAGGGGAAAGGAUCGUCAGUGUGAGAAAAAUGUGAUUUUGAAACUAAAUGAAUUUUUCCUCCUUGACAGCUGCACAUAAGCAAGUUGUUUUGUUUUUUUUUGUUUUUUGUUUUUUUUUUGUGGAGAGCGGAUGAUGGAUGGAGUGAGUGACUUCUUAGUUUUGGGACAUGCAGCACACCACGAGCAUGCUCACUGAGGACUUUCAGCUUUAUUCAGGUCCUGGGCCUCUCAUGUAGAUCGUUAAAGGGAUCAGAUUUGGAAGCUUAUGGUGAAUUAAUUAAAAACAUUUUGGUUUAUUGUAAAUGUUUGGAUAUCAAUAAAGCAUUCCUUUAAAUGAAA